GCCCCCCCGCCGGCGCUGGGCUACGACUCCUGGCCCGGUCGCCCCUCCAGCUUCCUAAGUCCAGGCCGUCGCUGACACCAUGUCCGGCUACCCCAAAAGCUAUAAUCCUUUCGACGACGACGUGGAAGACGAGGACAGCGGGCCGUCACCGUGGAAGGGCGCCCGCGACCCGCCCGACGGGGCCGCCAGCACCAGCAGGUCCUUGUCCCUCAUGUAUGAAUCGGAGAAGAUCGGAGUCGCCUCUUCCGAGGAGCUGGUCCGGCAGCGAGGAGUCCUAGAACACACGGAGAAGAUGGUAGACAAGAUGGAUCAGGAUUUGAAGAUGAGCCAGAAACAUAUCAAUAGCAUUAAGAGUGUAUUUGGAGGAUUUAUCAACUACUUCAAAUCCAAACCAGUAGAGACUCCACCUGAACAAAAUGGCAGCAUUGCCCCGCAGCCCAACAGCAGAUUGAAGGAAGCUAUAAAUACAAGUAAAGAUCAGGAAAGCAAGUACCAAGCCAGCCACCCAAAUCUCAGAAGGCUGCAUGAUGAAGACCCAACCCCCAAAGGGCCUGCUUCUGCUGUGACUGCUGAGGUUUACCCAAAGAACUCAAGUCUUCGAGCCUAUCAUCAAAAGAUCGACAACAACCUAGAUGAGCUGUCCAUGGGAUUGGGCCGACUCAAGGACAUAGCCUUAGGAAUGCAGACGGAAAUUGAGGAGCAGGAUGACAUUCUUGACCGGCUAACAACCAAAGUGGACAAGUUAGAUGUCAAUAUAAAAAGCACAGAAAAAAAAGUUCGGCAGCUCUAAAGAAACUGAAAAGGAAUUCUGCUCCAUUGUGAUGAAAAGAUUCAAAGCCUCUUUUAAACUCCUAAGAAAUGUCAUUGAUUGUACAGUAUGUAAUUUAACAUAUGUGUUCAAAUGUGGGUCUUAAGAAAUUUUAGUUUCAAUGGGGAAAAAAAUGUGUGUGUACACAUUUGGGUAAGAUCAACACCUCUAAAGUUCUGGGCAGACUAAUUGUGAAUGCCUUGAGCUUUUGAUACUGUGCAGGAAGAAGAAAACCGUGCAUUUCUUUCUUUCACAAGUAUAUGCAAAGAUGUGGGCAGGAUGUCAGUCAGUCUCCUAACUAUUGCCUUCUAUUUACUCGCUGUUUCUCACUCCAAGGCCUUACUGUGAAUUCAUGUAAAGUGACCCUGGGUUUUGGCAGAAGGAAGGGUCCUUCCACAUCUUUGUAUGUCAAUCAUUAUCGAUAUGCCUGCACAUACACUGAGCACAUUGUAGCUUUCUCCCCCUGAAAAGGACCCCUGUUAGACCCAGAAAAGGAAUGUGUUGCCUUCAUUACUCUCCCCUCCUGUCCUCAGUUCUUGUCCUGUAUUUCAGUAGAAGGACUCAGACUAGAACUGUUGGACAUGACACCUGCAGUGUAUGGAAAUUGGAUGAACUCUUCUUCCCCACCUACUGUCAUCUCAUACUUGCCAUCUCUGGUGGGGACAGGUUUUUUUGACUGGCUCUAGGUCACCAAGUAGGUUGAUGAGGAACCCCUGUGGAGUUAGUGAGCCCUGAGUAUCUCCCAAACAAAAACCUCUCCACUGAGCCCUCUCUGCCUCUGGAAUAGUACCAAGGCAGUGUUUAUUUGGUGCCUGGAGAACCCCCACCCAUUCCCUUUGUUUCUACAAAGUGCCCACCUAGUUUGAGGACUUAGAUCCACAAAUGAUACUAGCCUUCGGUAAGACGACUUGACCAAGAAGCAGCCCAGGUACCGUUUUAGCUAGCUAGGCAUGUUCAUUCCCUUCAUCUUCCAAAGAAAAUAUUUAGAAGCAUUAAUUAAAAUUGAUUUCUACAACAAUUUUUCCUUGUGUUGGUACUUCCAAUAAAAUCAUUGAAGCCGCAGAACACUUAACUUUCUUAAAGUCAAAUUCACAUAUUUUAAAGAUGGUAAAAGGGACUGUUUUUUUACUGGUAAAGUACGUCAAAAACUAAAAUGCCAGUGCCUUUUUGCCUUAAAACAUGGCUUAUGUGCCAUUUUGGGAUCCUUCCUUUAGCAUCUGGAGCAAGCAUGGGGGCUGUGGGUGUGCCCGCCUCUCUUGGGCCCUGGAUUGAUCUCCACCACUGAGAGAGAAACAGAAAAUGGUGACAGCAUUACUGUUCAUGUAGCAACUUGUACACACUCCUGUCACAAAAUUUCCAACCUUGCUGAAAAUACAGCUGCCACAAGCAAAAAGGCAUGCCAGUGUCCAUCUGUCCCUAGAUAUGAAGAUCUGACUAUGGUAGGCCUCUGUGAGUUCAAGGCCAGCCAGGACUAUAUAGCAAGACUCUGUCUCAACUCAAACAAUAUAGAGACAAACCCAUAUGUUCUUCCACUCGUAAUUGUUUUCAGCUUUUCUAUAAAACCUUCCAUGUGUUAUAACUAUUGCUUUUUAUCAGCAUCAGACAUAGCCUUGUGGAAUUAAUCAUUAUACCUCAAUCUGAAGACAUUAACACCUGAGAACGCCCGAGUGCCAGUGAUUCAGCCGACUUGAAGCAAGGGAAUGUUUUGUGUGCCUUCCUCUGUUUUGUUAAGUUAAUAAAGCCAAUCUCUCUCCUUUCCCAAUCUCUUUAACUCUAUGAAUGUGAGACCUGUCUUCCUGCUAACGUUUAUCGUCUGAUCCAUUAGAGGACCUCUUCCAUUCUGUUGUGUUCUAUGACUCAUGCUGUGGUCUGCUGACAUUGUCCCUGGGCUGGCUGGGAACCUGUUGGUGCCAGUGCUGCCUUAUGAAGCAGGGUUAUAGAGCAGGGUUGUUUUUGCAUCACAGAAAACAAAGGACCUAAGGACAGUCUAGAAUCCUUAUCCCAUGGUAAUGGUGACCAGAUCUGCUGGCUGACACCUGUACUCACAGCACUUAGGAGGCAGAAGGAUUGCCAUGAGUUUGAGGUUCGGGAUGAGAUCUUUUCUCAGAAGAAUCAAUGGCUGUGGUGGGGAGAGAAAGGAAUCACCCCUACACUCUGGCUUAGGAAGGUUGGUGGCAGGGGAGUGGAAUAGGCUGCCGGUGUCACACAGCAGACCAAUGAACAUAUCCUUGACAUGUAAGGGCUGCAAGGCAGACUGAAACAAACUGCCUUCAGAAAGGUGACAUUUGGAACAUUAGACCAGCUAUAUGCUAAGUGUGCUACUAAAAUAAAUGCAUUCCCUACCUUCUAACACGUACUGACUUGUAACUUAGCAGCACUAGAGUGACCUUGUGAAUUGUUUUUCCUCAUUCUGUAGGAGAGGCCUGGAGUUCAUUCAUGUAACAAGUAAAAAAAGAUAGUGGUGCAUUUUAAUUUCCCUUUCUCCUUGUAAAUGUGUGUAAUUUUAAGUGUACAUUGUGUCACUUUAGUAAAAAAAAAACUACUUUGCCUGAA